AAACUGAGGACAGAAUGAGUGUUUCUGCAGUUAAAAACACUGUGGAUGAGUAUGAGGAUGACUUUGAGAAAGAUCUGGACUGGCUUAUCAGCGAGGAGAGCAAGAGCGAGGAACAGGAUGAUGAUGACAUUGAAGCUCAGAUAGACAAAGAACUGGAAGAAGAUGAUUUUAAAGAAGUCCUGAACCACCACAAAGAAAUGGAUGAUGAGGAAGGGGGUGAAAGGUGGCCGACACCUAUGGAGCCAUUAGAGGGUAUGGUGGAUCCUGACAGGGAUGAGCUUAUAACAUCUCCACACUUACAAAGUGACGAUGAAGACCUUGAAGAAGAAAAGAAAUAUAUUUUGGAUAAAAUUCAAGAGGCUAACAAGCAACUCCAGGACCAGGAUCCUCCAGACCAUAUGCGACGCAGACGGCUGCAGUUUAAAGACACUCUGGUUGACCUGGUGGUUCCUGCUCAUGAGUUUGAUGCUCAAGAAAGCAACAGCGCCUCCUUUGGAGACUUAGAGGAAGAGCAAGAGGUGUCUGGACAAAUGCAGAAACUGAAGAUCUCGCAAAGAGAAGAGAACCAGAACAAGGACGGUCCUGAGGAUGAGCACAAUGGGGGAGGAAAGGAAGGACGGGUUUUGGUCGAAAAAGAUGGAAAGUUUGAUCUGGUGAGUCUAAAGGAAGUGGAAAGUCAAGGGUUGCUUCCUCCCUUGCCAGUUUCUCACAGCGACAAUCAGCGAGCACCUUUACGACAAACUGAAUCUGGUCAGCAUCUCAAUAAGAGUCCAGUGUCCUCGCCGAGGCAAAAUUUGACCUCACCUUUUCCCCCUGGUAAUGAAUCUCUGUACGUCCCCAAGCCUCCACCGAAGCACAGAAAUAGACCCAGUUCUGCUAGGCCGUCCCAAAGAGGAGCAUGGGUUCAGGGCACCAAGCGAAGGGUCCAGUCUGCAAAUGGAGCUCCUUCACAUGCCACUUUUACCCUGUCGCCACAGCAGAAAGAAUUACUGGCCAAACUUCAGCAGCGCAGGGAGAGGCAAGCCAAAGAGGAUGAGAUGAAGAAAAGGGAAGAGGAGGAGCAGAAGCGUCAGGAGAACGAAAUCGCCUUCCAGUCGUGGCUCAUGAGGAAGAGGGAGCAGCUGCAGGAGGACAGGAGAGUCCACAAAGCCCAGGAAAUGGAGAGAAUGAGCUGCAGGAGGGACUGUGGCGACCCUGAGGAGGCUUUUAAAAUUUGGCUCCAGAAGAAACAAGAACAGCAGUUCAAAGACAAACAGCUAGAAGAGAUGAAGAGACUGGAAAAAGACAGCGGCUUUUGCCUGCAUAGCCGAGAGGAGAGCGAGAAGGCUUUCAGACAGUGGUUGAGACGGAAGCGUUCAGAGAAAAGAGCAGAACAUCAGUUGGCUCGAGAGCGCUCCCGCAGGCUCAUGCUGGAGGAGAGAAGAGCAAGACGAAUGCAUGACCUCCUCUGCACCGUCAAUGAGAUCAAACCCUUCCGAUUCAGCGACCCAUACCGCUACUGAUCACCCCAAAACACACGUGAACAAUGUUAUAACCUGAAGCUCCUCCAGUUCAGCCAUCACCACCAUGCUUCAGGAAUCUCUCAUUCAUCCAUAUCUGUGGUUAGUUACCGCUCUAUUGAACUCGUGAGUUCUGUUGUCUCGUCCCCCUUGAUACAGAGGAUGAAAGAGCAUGUGGUUGGGAAACACAACAAGGAGCUCUCUUUUAUUCAUUUUUCCAUUCAGCCGUUUUUAAUAUACAGAGAUCAAACAGGUGCUUGAGUGGAUGUUCCUGUUCCAGCGGCUUUAGGCACUUAAAAUAAUUGCUACUCCAGGAUGAUUUAAUGGAGUUUUGCGUAAAAAUGCUGAAUCAUCAGAUAUUGUCAUUUUGUGUUUAGCUGGCUAUCUUCUAGAUUUGCCACUUAUCUGCUGGCACAGCUACACAGAAGAAACCAUAUUAAUGCAGCAGUUUGGUGAUCUAUACAGUAUGUGGGAAGUUGCACUGAAAUACUUUUGGAACAGUAAAAUGUUUUAUUCCCUAAAACUAUUU